UUUCAAAUUGUUUGUUUCAGCAUAAACAGUCUGUCGGGUUCAUCUCGCUACAUUUAUCAACGCCGCGUCUUUUUCAGUUCUGACCGCUUUCUAAAUGUACUCACCUGAACAGUGAUGUACCAAACGAGCCACAAUGGAAGAGGAGGGACUGAUCAACUUCAAAGCUCUGAGGGCCAAGUUUCAGGAAGAGGCUCUCCUGGCUCAAUCCAGAACCAGUCGACCAGUUGUUGCAGAGAAACCCAGACACCUUCCUCCCCCUGGAGGUCACUGCAGCUCAGUGGUUGGCAAUAUUCAUAUUGCUGUAGAAAACAAGACACCAGUGGUUCCCCGGGUCAUCUUCAGAGAGGGGCUGCGGGCAUCUGGAGGCAAGCGACCAAUUUCCUUUCCACCACAGCCUCAGCAGACCUCCCCCUCACCCAAGCUUACUAAUGGAGACAACACAACAAGACAGUCCCUCAAAGACCGACACAUGCCUCUGGUGCUUCCUGUCCUGCCUGUAAAAGAGCAAAAGACCGAACUGCCAGCCAAAAAGGAGCACAAACUGGAACCACAGCCAGUGAAAGAAGUCAUGCCACAGACAAAAAUCAAGAAGAAAGGUUUGCUGCUUCCUUUCAAGUCAGCCAAAGCAUCAAAAGUCAGUGCAGAAAACAGAGAGGAGCCGAGUUAUGCUGAUCUGACCACCAGACCUUCCAGUGCUCCCGGCGAGUUGCCCUAUGUAGAAAAACAAAGCACAGAGGAUGGGGUUUCUCUCCAAGGUGACCAAUCAACCGCUGAGUUCCCCCUCUCCAGCCCAGAUAUCCCAGUCACCCCUCCAUCUGCAGAGACAAGUGUCGACUCCGACAACAAAAUUAUUAGUACCUUGGAGAGGGCCAAGAAGAAGUUUUCACGCAGGCAAAUGUUGAUCUCUGUCAAACCUAAGAGCUUGUGUUCCCCUGACUAUGUUUCAAGAGAUAAGGCUUUUCCUUUGCCGCCACAGAACAUUGAGAGUGUUGAGGCUCAUCUACCCAUACCCCCACCAGUCUGUCCUCCACACCUGACUUGUAUUUCAGCACGGCCUUUCUUCAAAGCAAACACCUUUGCGCGCAAGUCUCCGUUUGAUAAACACUUUGGCAGGGGUAAACUUCCCUCUGUCAAGACUGGUGAACCUCAUCCACCCUCUGCUCCUCCAACGAAGCCUCUACCUGACUUAAGGUCACUGGGGCCAUUACCACCAAAGCCCCACAGACCUCCCUUUGUAGAUCUCAGCUGUUACCACCUACCCACAGCAAACGAGGUGUCACCAGGUCUUAGCCCAGCACCAAGUGAAGAGCCAGAGUCUGAGCACCCAUCGUCUGUGCUAGACGCUCCAGAGUUUCCAGACUUUGAGAAUUCAGAGAUGGAAACAGCAGAGGGUGAAGCUGUUGACCUCGAUGCACUAGAACUGGAGGCCUUAGACUUGGUCAGCACUGACUCUCCUGUACCAGACUGCGGGGUCACGGAUUUUGAGGAUCCACAACCCGACCUGUCAGUGUGUGAUCCUGUGGAGCCCCUUAUGAGCAUGGGUGUUCAAGAUGUGAACCUUGGCAGUGAAAACAUUAUACCCCUCGAUCCAGCCUGCUUCCCUGAACCAAUAAACCUUUCAGAGUUCCCAGAGCAUGCUGUACCAGAGCAGUGGUCUCAGAGUGAGGAGGUGAGCAGCAUAGAUCCUCUGUCUAACGCUGAUGAGACUGAUCUGGGAGCUGCUGAGUCUCCCUCUGCUGCACAGGAAUCAGCUUUGAAUGAUGGGAUUCAACCACACACAAGUGUGAAUCAACAAGACAGUUACUACGAGGCGUGCGAUAAUGUGUAUGAGGAUGUUGAGAACAUCAACAAAUUCAUCUUGGGCCAGAACUCGCGGAAACGUAAAGGUGCUCUGAAGAAUCCAUAUGCUGACAACCACCCUAUGAAAGAGGAGGCAUGUCUUAACAUAUGGCCGCGGAAUCCAUGGGGUGGUGUAUCAGGAGAACAUGCACAUUCAGCCCAUAAUCAUAUCCUCAGUAAAGAACGGCAGAGCCCGAACACUGCGGACCAUAAAGAACAGAAGAAGAGGGAGAAGCAGCGACUGGAGAAGGAGAAAAAGGAGCUGAAAGAAAGGGAGAAGAAGGAAAAUGAAAUGAAAAAGAAGUUCAAAGUGACUGGCGAAGAGGAGCCCAUGUACCACGCCAAGGUGACGGUGGCUAGCAAGGUUCGCAAGAAUGACCUGCCUGUGAAGAGCGGGGACACAGUCAGCAUCAUUCGCACCACCAGCUGCCCCAAAGGCAAAUGGUUGGCUCGAGACAGCAACCACAAGUAUGGUUAUAUUUCAGUUAUGAAUGUGGAACUAAAUAUCAAGGAGAUGCUGGAACUUGGUAAGAAGGCCCAAGCAGCUGGACGAGGAGGAAACCUGGAGGGAGACACCAUCAGCAUUGGGAGCAGAUCCUCUAGCCAUCCUGUACUAACAAGCAGCUUCACCGAUGACAGUGAGGAGUGGGCCUGCGAAGAUGAGACUCUCUCACCCUCCAUUGAAAGCCAUAGCUUCCCCCAGCAGACUGCCUCAAUGUCUGACAUGUCAUGUGGCCAUGUCAGCGCCCAGCACACUCUGAGCGAUGCCAACCUGGAAGACCUACACACACAGACCAGACACGAGGCCCUGCAGAAACUAGCCAUCUUCUUUCAACACAGCAAAGAUGAAUUUGGUGACAGUGGAGAAGCCACCCCGACCAAUGCUGAGCCACCAAACCUCUUGUGUGCUGUGGAGGAGCCUCCAUAUCCUGAACAGGAGGUUGACUUCACAGAGCUGGAGCUUCUUCCUCCCCCACCGCUAUAUGCUGACACCUUCUGAUCACUACAUGGAGUAAAAUAGGGACUGUCAGUAUAAAGAACUUUUGAGAUUUGAUACCCUCGUUUAACCCUCUACAGUGGAAGAAACCAUCAGAAAGAGAGCUGCUGAUGUGACUGUACUAUAAUUCUGAUUUCACCCUUUUGUUUUGUUGUGCCUGUUGGUACAUUUUCACAUUGUGUUCUGCACUUUGUUCUUUUCUCCGAUGUCACUGUUAUUGGAGCACAAAUUGAAUCAUUGCUCUUUACUCAAAAUAAAUGACAAUGACCUGUAAGUAGCCAGCUGUUAAUUUGUAGUAGCUUACAUUUAAGGAUUUGUUUGAACAUAUUUCUUUGAAUUUGCCUUUUGCCUUACAACAAAUAAAUAUUUGUCAUUGA